GAGCAUGUGUAGCACCAGAGGGGUUAUGUGCUAAUUGAUAAAGUUAUUGCCAGUCACCACAUUAUAGUUACAACCCAUAGAGAUAGAGACCGAGUUGUAGUGUGUACAGUACUAGAGAUGUUCUGACUGGGACACUUUAUAUUAAAACACCAGCUCCGCCUCCGGUCUCUAUUUCCGGUGUUUGGAAGAGUGGAACACAAAGAAACAGGUAUGCUGGGUUCCGACAUGGCUAAACCUCUGCUGGAGUCUGAAAAUGGCGCUGAAUCAUGUGUCCAGCCGCUUGGGCAAACUAUUGGGAUUCUGGGUACUGGGGACUUUGCCCGCUCACUGACCACUCGACUGCUGUACUCUGGUUUCAAAGUUGUUGUUGGAAGUCGUAACCCAAAGCGCAGUGUAGGCCUGUUCCCAGCUGAUGCUGAGGUGAUGCUCCAUGAAGAUGUAGUGACACGAGCAGAUGUGUUUUUUGUGGCCCUGUACAGAGAACAUUUUUCUACACUGAGCAAGUUAUCAAGACACCUUGCUGGGAAGAUAUUGGUGGAUGUCAGCAACAACUUCAAGGUCAACCGUUACGGGGAAUCUAAUGCUGAAUAUUUGGCGUCUCUCUUCCCACAAAGCACUGUGGUCAAAGGAUUUAAUGUGGUGUCUGCUUGGGCUCUGCAGUCUGGCCCCUCAGAUGGAAAUAAACAGGUCCUGAUCUGCUCUGACAAUAUCUUUGCAAGAAAUUAUGUUGCUUCCAUUGCUCGCAGCAUGGGAUUUAUCCCAGUGGAUAUGGGAGCCCUUUACUCCGCAAGGGAAAUUGAGAACAUACCACUCCGGCUCCUGCCCUUCUGGAAAAUCCCUGUGGUGCUUGGGGUCUGCCUCUUCUGUUUCUUUUACACGUACAAUUUUAUAAUCGCUGUCUUGCACCCAUAUGUAGUUGAGAACAAGAACAAGUUCUACAAGCUUCCCAUUGAGCUUAUGAAUGUAACGUUGCCUUGCGUGGCCUAUGUCCUCCUGUCUCUGGUGUAUCUUCCAGGCAUCCUGGCAGCCUUUUACCAGCUGCAUUACAACACUAAGUACCGGAGAUUCCCUGACUGGUUGGACCAGUGGAUGUUACAUAGAAAACAGAUCGGACUGGUCAGCUUUUUCUUCGCAGCUCUGCAUGCGGUGUACAGUUUGUGUCUGCCCAUGCGCCGGGCUGCCCGCUACCUCCUUAUCAAUGAUGCAUAUAAACAGAUUAAACAAGAUAUUAGUAAUGGCUGGGUAGAAGAGGAGGUCUGGAGGAUGGAGUUAUAUGUUUCUGCUGGGAUUCUAGCAUUCGGAGUGCUAUCCAUACUUGCUGUUACUUCGAUUCCAUCAGUUACAAAUUCCUUGAAUUGGCGUGAGUUCACCUUCAUCCAGUCUAAGCUGGGAUUUGCUGCCCUGGUAAUCAGCACCCUGCACACGCUCCUGUUUGGGUGGAAACGAGCAUUUGAUGGAACUCGCUACAAGUUUUAUUUGCCGCCAACCUUCACUCUUACUCUGCUUGUGCCUUUUGCAGUCAUCUUGGCGAAAAUUGUGCUUUUUUUGCCAUGUGUUGAUCGGAGGUUGCUGAGAAUCAGGAGGGGAUGGGAGAAGAAUGGGUCUGUAAAGUUUCACUUGGCAAAUAAUAACCAGGAUUUAACCGAAACUAUUAGUCAUCUAUAAAUGAGUCAAGUGAAAAACCGCAGUCGUUUUAGACCUUUCUAGUGCCUGACGCCCAGAAAUGUGCUGCCAACCCUUAGAGAAUUCAGCUGUAACUAUCUUAAUCUGAAGAAAUCAGUUCCUGCCGUAAAGUGCACAAUUCCUUUCUCAGUGUUCUGUAUUAGUUUGAACUGGUUUAUUGGUUGCCUAUUUACAUGUGUGUGUGUGUUUCCAGGUCUGUGUGUAUGUACAUUUGUGCAAAUAUGUAGAUUCCAUAUAUAAACAUAUGUGUCAGAUAAUAGUAUCUCACUGUUCCAGCAAGUUGUUAUUUUUUUCUUCAAGUGGUGCUUUAUAAACUACACUUGUUCUGGUGUUUCUUGUAGUAAUAUUCAGACACGGUAUUUACAUGGUUACUACUGCCACUGUCCUUUUUAAAUUUGACAAAUCUAUAUCCCUUUAGACUGUGCCCACCUCCAAAAAGUGUAGAGCUGCAGGCCAUGUUUACUUUCCCAAUUGUCCCAGACACUUACUGUGCUCCCUGCCUAUGUGGCACUCCACACUCAUAAUAACUUUCACUAGAAGCAUCUCUGCUAGUACAUUGCAAAAAUACACCUAGUUAACAAUGAAAUCCAUGUGUGCACACUUCAAUUCGUACUAUAGUGAAAAGCCAGUCUUCAGAAUACAUAUAUUAUAAUGAUUCACACUCAGAUCAGUACAGUUUACCUGAAAUGGGAGUCCCAUAAAGAAGACUAAGCCCAUCUUAAAGCCGGUUGCUUUAUCGUGAUUUAGAAACAGAACGGAUCCCUCUGAGAGUAACUAAGCAUUUCCUACUAAAAGUGUAGUCACACCGGGCGUUAUGUAGUGGCCUGAGUGCUGCCAGAUGUUUUACUUAUUUCAAAUAUAAGAGCAGGUGUCAUUUAUUUUAUGUAUAAAAUGUGUUUCUUUAUUUCUUCUCUCAUGAAUUACUUGCUGCAUUAUUGAGAUGUUACACAUUUUUAAUGGGUUCUUUAUAUACAUUUUUUAUAGAAAGAUUUGCUUUAUUUUAUAAAUGAGUUUGAUAUUUCUUCUAUAAAUAUCUACCUAUGAGAAAAAACAAAACUAACAAAUGUCUCAAAUACCUGCACAAAUGUGUAACUAUUUAUGCUGCAGUGUUGUAGUGUACAACUAGCUCUAAUAAAUGAAAUGUACAUCA